AAAAAAUUAAAAGCUUUUCAAUUUUCGCAGAAAGAUAAAAAAGUAGAUCUAUUUCCUCUUCGUUGCUUGAAAUCUCUCUGAUUCCUCCUGCAUAAAAGCUUGCAUCUUUGGGAUUGUUCUUAGUCGAAGUUUUGAUAGCUGACAUGGUGGGUUCUGGUCACUUUCCGUUUUGGAAGCCGAGGGAGACGCCUUGGAAUUUGAGGUCGCGUACAAAAAGCAUCACUCAAGAAGAACUUGCCAAGCGUCCUGACCCAUUCUCUCUACCUUUUCUCCUUGAUGGGCUUGAUGAAGAUGGUAAAUACGGUUGGCUUUCUGAUGAUGUAAAGAGAUUUUGUAAGCUGAGACAGUACUCUUCGAAUGCUUCUAUCUCAUUGGAAGAUGCCGAAGCUAAAGAAGUGAAAAAAACAGCCAAGUCUGUUCAGAUUCCUAACAUUGAUUCCGAUGAUGAGUUGCCUCAAGAAUCAGUUACUCUUCUACAUAAAAGGCAAAAGAAGCUCAAGGGAGUGGUUAUUGUGGAUGAUGAUGAUGGACGUCAGUUCUCUACUACAGAUAAGUUGAAGAAGUGCUCAGAUUCUUCAAGCAAUGCUCUUCGAAACAGCUCUAAUGAUGAUGUUAUGAGUGAGAAUAGCUCAGGAUCUGACACAAGUGUUCAAGGUUAUGACGAGGAGGAUUCAUCGAUGAAUUCUAUUGCUAGCGACAAUCAAAAUCCUCUAUAUGUAGAUGCAGAGGAAGAAGAAGAGCUUUGGAGGCAGAUGGCUUUUAUUCAGGAAUCAAUUAAGGAAACGGUGGAGCCUUCACAAAUGAAUGAUCUCAAACAAGUCGAAGACUGUGACCAUUCCUUCAUCUGCAAGGACGAUAUUGGAGAAGUGUGUCGUGUUUGUGGACUCAUCAAGAAACCAAUUGAGAGCAUGAUCGAGGUUGUGUUCAACAAGCCAAAGAGAUCAAGACGAACUUAUAUGCAUGAAAAAGAAAAUGGGGAAACAAGCAAGACCUUCUCAAUAAGCCGGCAGUCUUCUCAGACAAACAUUUUGGGAGAAAAGAUGUUCAUCCACCCAAGACAUGAUCAGGCCAUGAGACCUCACCAGACUGAAGGCUUCAGAUUUUUAUGCAACAACCUUGCAGCGGAUGAACCAGGUGGAUGCAUACUAGCUCAUGCACCGGGAUCAGGCAAGACAUUUCUGCUCAUCAGCUUUCUACAGAGCUUCAUGGCUAUGGAUCCGCAGGCUAGACCAUUGAUCGUCCUACCAAAGGGGAUCAUAGAUUCAUGGAAGAGAGAGUUUACUUCGUGGGCAGUUGAGAACGUCCCCCUUUUUGAUUUCUACAGCGUGAAAGCAGAAUCACGGAAACAACAACUGAAAGUUUUGGGGCAAUGGGUCGAACAGAGAAGCAUUCUGUUUCUUGGGUACCAACAGUUUGCAAAGAUCAUCUGCGAUGAUAACUUUGAAGCAGCUUCAGAAGAUUGUAAGCUGAUAUUGCUUGAGAAACCAACGUUGCUUAUACUUGAUGAAGGUCACACAUCAAGGAACAAGGAGACAAACAUGCUUAUUUCGCUUGCUCGUGUCAGGACUCCUCGAAAGGUGGUUCUCACAGGUACUUUGUUCCAAAACAAUGUUGAGGAAGUGUUUAACAUUCUGAAUCUUGUUCGUCCCAAGUUCUUGAAGCGUCCUGGAACUCGGGAGAUUGUUUCCCGAAUCAUGUGCAAGGCAGAGAUACCAAGUGGCAAACAGAUGAACCAGAGUAGUAUUGAGGGAACUUUCUUCGCUGCAGUAGAGUUUACAUUACAGAAGAGUACAAGCUCUUCUGCUAAAGCCAGCUUGAUAAGGGAUCUACGCCAAAUGACCCGUAACAUCUUGCAUUAUCACAAAGCAGAUUUCAGAGGCUUGCUCCCCGGAAUAAGUGAGUUCACUAUCAUGCUCAACCUGAGCUCAAUUCAGAGAGAUGAAGUCAAGGGUCUGAGGAACAUGGAACUGUUCAAGCAGAUCUCUCUUGGUGCUGCUUUGUAUAUCCACCCAAAGCUCAAAUCUUUCUUGGAUGAAAACCCGUCAAACGGUGAAAAGAGUUUUGAUGAUAACAAUAACACAAUGAGGAAGCUAGACAAGGUGCUGGAGAAGAUCAAUGUGAGAGACGGUGUGAAGAUGAAGUUCUUUCUAAACCUCUUAGCUCUGUGUGAAUCAAUAGGAGAGAAGCUCUUAGUGUUCAGCCAAUACAUAGCUCCAAUAAAGACUCUUGAGAGACUCAUAAGCUCAAUGAAAGGUUGGCAUUUAGAGAAAGAGAUGUUCACAAUCACAGGAGAUUCGAGCAAUGAGCAAAGAGAAAGUUCAAUGGAGCGAUUCAACAAUUCUCCAGAGGCAAAAGUGUUUUUCGGAUCGAUAAGAGCUUGUGGGGAAGGAAUAUCACUGGUGGGAGCAUCAAGGGUUCUGAUACUUGAUGUUCAUCUGAACCCAUCAGUGACUCAGCAAGCCGUGGCUAGAGCUUACAGGCCAGGACAGAAGAGGAAAGUGUAUGCAUACAGGCUCGUAGCUGCGGAUUCACCAGAGGAAGAGAACUACAAAACCAGUACGCGCAAGGAGACUAUGUCGAAGAUGUGGUUCGAGUGGAAUGUUGGAUCGGUAAGAGAUGAUUUUGGGUUUAGAGCGAUUGAUGUUGAUCACUCCGGUGAUGCGUUUCUUGAGACGGCCAAAUUAAAGGAAGACAUCAAGUGUUUGUACGGAUAGACGUACUAUUUCCCCCUCGUAACUAUCAUAUCGUACUGGUUCCACAUCGAUCUUCAACCUCUUACUCUAGUUCCCUCGGACUUUCAUUCUCCGUCUAUUUCCCCCCGAUUUCAUACUUAAAUUUCUAUUUCCCCAUCGACCUGGGUUUACACGGUUUUGGAACUAAACCCGAUAGAAACCCAUAUUAAACCGGUAUGAAAUUAAUUUAUUACCCGGAUAAGAUAUUCAACCCGAUCCGACUUCUUCUUCUUCUAUUUUAAAUCGAGAACCCCCAAACUUGACACUAAGAACCCUAAAAUCAAAAUUGAAAACGAAAUCUCUCUCUUUCUCUCAAAAUCAUGAGCAAUGUCUCUGGAUCUUCAAGCUGUUCGGCAAAUGUCCGCGAAAGAGGAAGAUUUGUUGGUGUGCCUAAGAGAUGUUGGUGUGGAGAAGCAAUUGUGGCAAAAAAUUCAAAAUCUAAACAAAAUCCGUGUAGACGAUACUUUCGCUGUGGGUAUGCAGCUGCGAAUAAGGUAAUAGGAAGUUAUUAUUUGGCUUAUGAAUGUUGAUAAGGUUUUGUUGGAUAACAAAAUCAAUUGUCUAUGUUCUAGCUUAUGAAUGACAAUCAUAUUUUCAAGUGGAUCGAUGAAGCUUUGUUGGAUGAGGUAGAGACAAUGAAAGGGUUUAAAGAUGAGGUUGAGAAGAUGCAAAUGAAGCUGCAAAUGGAGCUUCAGAAGAAGAUGGGAAUGGAGGUUGAGAAAGAGUUAUUUGAGAGAAUUGAAGAUUUAAAAGCUGAAUUCAAAUUCAGGAUGAAUGUGAUAAUUGUUUUAGUAUUUGGUUGUAUGAUCAUCUUUGCUCUAGUGAAGCUAAUAUGAUGAUUUUUAUGAUGAAUGUGAUAAUUGUUUUAGCAUUUGGUUGUAUGAUCAUCUUUGCUCUAGUGAAGCUAAUAUGAUGAUUUUUAUGGAUCAUCUUUUGUAUUUGGUUGUUAAUGUUAAUGGAUCAUUUUUAUGAGACAAUAUGUUUAAAAGAAGAGAACAUGUCAAAAGAGUUCAAAAGAUCAUACAUAGACCAUUCGAAACCGAGUUCAAAGAGACCAUUACAUAGACCGAAACCAUACAUAGACCAUCCAAUUUCUAAAGGUUCAAAAGGUUCAAAAGAGACAAUACAUAGAUCAUCCGAAGGUUCAAAGAGACCAUUACAUAGACCAUAUUAAAACAGAACAACAUUCAUGUUCUGAAACAAGGUUCAUAAGAAUAGACACAUUAACAUCAGUCCUCCAUCCCAUAAUUACUUCUCUUGAGUCAAACAGCCUUGAGAAGAUUCGACUUGAGCUCCAGCCUACAAUGUUACUAAAAUAUUAGAGUCAACCCUUGAAACAAAGAAACGAUAUUCACAUUCUAAAGGGGAAAUAACUAACCUGUGCCUUCUUAUUCUUAUUCUUAUUCUUCUGGUGGUACCUACAAUUAUGAUCAGCUGCACCACAAAUCCCACAAUGCAUGAUUCUUUUCUUUUGUUUUGGUUGCUUCUUGGUAGGUGACUCAUUAACACCUUUCUUCCUCUUCUUGUCUACCUUUUCAUCGUCCGGCCUUGGUGGUGGAUACACAUUUUCACCUCCAGUGGAAGGCCAAUAGCGUAGACCUCUUUGUGGAACAAUCCCCUCUGUGUAAUUCUCCUUCCACUUAAAUGUUCUGAACCAUUCACACACAUAAUCUUCAGCUUCCAAUUUUUUGUUGAUUUUCAGUCCAUAAGCAUGUUCGCAGGGGAUUCCACAAAUCUGAAACUUCAUGCAGGUACAAGUUCUGGAAUUCAAACAGACCCUGUGUUUGUCAUAUCCCAGGUAAACUUCAUAUGUUCCAUUUGUAUUGGGAUAUACAGAGCACUCAGAAGCUGCCUUAAGCUCGUCAGCAAGGAAAAGUUUCACAUAUGGAGUGCAUAUCCCUGACACAUUCGAAAAAGAACAUUAGACCACAUUCGAAGAAGAACAUUAAACAUUAGACAAUACAUAUAAAUGAUAAAAGAAGUACAGUGUUACUAACCUUCAUGUGCAUGAGAAAUAGCAGACCGUUUAGCAAUCCUCACCAUGGCAAGCCUUCUUACAGUCUCCAACAUAGCCACAAAUGGUUUCUCUCUUGCCUUGUUGAUUGUACUAUUGAAGGACUCCACAGAGUUGUUUUCAACAUCCUCACAGUAGCUGCCAAUCUUGUGGAAUGCCCUACACCAAGUCUUUGGUUUAGUCUUCAGGACA